AUUUUUUUUUCUUUCAAUUUUUUGAAUGAAAUUUUCUCUUCCCCAAACGAUGAAAUGUGGCCUUAUAUGAUACAUUUUCGUUUACGUACCCUAGCCUAUUUAUUUAUAAUAUUUUUUCUUAUUUAUUAUUAUUGGCAUUAUAUUUUACAAAUUGAUAAUAUUAUUGGUAUUCAUCAACUUAGACAACAAUAUUAUUCAAAAAAUCAAUUAUCAUUGAUAAAUUUUAAACAUUUGCUCAUUGCCUGUGUACUUGCAGCCAAACAAGGUGGUUACGAAGUUAGAAAAGCCAGAGAAUCAACCACCAAAAAUGAUAAUUCCAAACUGGGUAUACAUUUAAAAGGUAAAACACGUGAAGGUAUUGAUGAUAUUCUUACGAAUGGUGAUAAACGUUCAAAUAUUGUUAUGGUUAAUUCAUUGUUAUACACAAUCCCGGGUAUAAAAAUUGUAUCGGAAGAAAAUUUACCAGCAAAUGAUGAUGCGGAUACGGAUGAUAUGUUAAUUGAAUUAUUAAAUGUUGAAAAAUUCUUAAAGAAUCCAGAAUAUUCAACCAUACCGGAUGAUAUUGAUUUGAAUAUUGAUGAUCUUACCAUAUGGAUUGAUCCAUUAGAUGCAACAAAAGAAUAUAGUGAAAAUUUAACCAAAUUCGUUACGACAAUGGUUUGUGUUGCACGUAAUAAUGAACCAAUUAUUGGUGUUAUACAUUUUCCAUUUGAAAAUGAUUAUGAUCAAUCCACUUAUUGGGCAACUAAAUUUGGUAUCGAUAAACGAUUGUUAAGUGAAAAAUUUUCCCAUUUUAACGACGAUGGUCAUCAUCAGGAUUCGAAUCGUUCGAAUUCGAAUGAUAACAUUCGAAUCAUAAUAUCCCGUUCACAUAAAGGUGAUGUUGAAAAAUGGAUUCUAGCAAAACAACAACAGCAAAAAGAAGAAAAUCCAACCAGAACAAAUUUGACAUUUAUCGAAGCAGCUGGUUCCGGUUAUAAAACCAUUGAAUUAUUAAAAGGUCAUGCUGAUAUUUAUCUACAUAAAACUUAUAUAAAAAAAUGGGAUAUUUGUGCACCGAAUGUUUUAAUCAAAUAUGGUCAUCGUCGUCGUGGUUUGAGUGAUUCGGUUGGCGGAACAAUGACCACAUUAAAAGGCGAAAAAAUUGAUUACAGUUUUCAAUCGGAUGUUUUCAUUAAAGAUGGUAUAUUUGCAACAUUAAAUCCGGAUCUAGUCAACAAAUGGCGUGAUAAAAAUGUUUUUAUUUGAAUCAAUAAUGAAUAAUGGUUCA